AUGUCGGAGCUUAAGCGAGAAGAUGUCGAGAAGCCACAUCAAGAGCAUGCCAGCCCACCUCUAUCGUCGCAAGCAUCUACGUAUGGUCAAGAGGUACCAGGUGAAAAUGGUGUCGCCAUCAACGCAAAGUUGAAAAAUCCUUUGGCAGGGCUUACGAGAGAAGAAUUGUUAGCCGACGUUGAGGCCUUUGCCAAAGAGAAAGAUAUCGAAGACAUUAUUCCCCUGUUGAAGAAGGGUGCGUUGGUAGCACAAGACCCCAAAGGGUUUGAGUCGAUACAAGACUUGAAUGAAACCGAGCGAGAUUGGCUCCGAAAAGAGAAAACUUCCAGAUGGAACCAGCCGAGAAUGCUGUAUUUUAUGACUGUCCUCUGUGCUGGGUCUGCCAUCGUGCAAGGAAUGGAUCAGACAGCAGUUAACGGAGCGCAAAUUUUCUAUUUUGAUGAAUUUAACAUCGGCGAAGACCAAGUAUGGCUUCGUGGCUUGCUAAACGGAGCUCCAUAUCUGUGUUCAGCACUAAUCGGCUGCUGGACAACCAAACCUCUCAAUUAUUAUUUUGGAAGACGAGGAUGUAUCUUCAUAUCUUGUGUUGUGUCUUUUGCCACCGGUAUCUGGAUGGCAGCUGCUAAUACCUGGUGGAACCUUCUUCUUGCACGAUUCGGUCUCGGACUUGCUGUAGGAGCGAAGAGCUCGACAACUCCAAUCUACGCGAGUGAAGCUAGUCCAACAGCUAUUCGUGGUGCUCUUACUAUGAUGUGGCAGAUGUGGACAGCGUUUGGUAUCAUGCUAGGCUUUGUCGUCUCGGUUGCUUUCCAAAAUGUUCGAUAUACUCCAGGACAGACACCAUACUGGAACUGGCGACUUAUGCUUGGAAGCACUUCUAUCCCACCAUUUUUUGUGUGUAUGAUGGUUUAUCUGGUUCCGGAAAGUCCGCGCUGGUACAUGACGAAAAACAGAUAUCGGAAAGCUUACGAGGCACUGUGUCGAUUUCGGAAUUGCGAGAUGAUGGCAGCUCGUGAUUUGUAUUACAUCCACAAGAGUCUAGUCAUCGAAGACAAGCUACGCGCCGGAAAGAACCUGUGGAAGGAAUUCUUUGGUGUUCCACGUAACCGACGAGCAGCACAAUCCUCCUUUUUCGUCAUGUUCAUGCAGCAGUUCUGUGGAGUCAAUAUAAUUGCGUACUAUAGCAGCCAGAUAUUCAUAGAUGCCAGCUUCACGAGAUCAAACGCUCUUCUCGUCUCCCUGGGAACAGGUAUCGUCAACUGGCUCUUCGCCAUCCCAGCCGUCUACACAAUCGACACAUUCGGCAGGCGAAACCUACUCCUCACGACCUUCCCACUUAUGGGAAUAUGUCUCCUCUUCACCGGCUUCUCCUUUUUCAUCACCAGCGAGCAAGCUCGUCUCGCCUGCGUCGCCACAGGUAUCUACCUCUUCAUGGCGGUUUAUAGUCCCGGCGAGGGUCCUGUCCCCUUCACUUACUCCGCUGAAGCGUUCCCUCUUUAUGUCCGCGAGUACGGAAUGGCGUUUGCCACCGCAACGACCUGGGGAUUCAAUUUCAUCCUCUCGCUUACGUGGCCAGCGCUUGUACAGGCUUUCACGACGCAGGGGGCUUUCAGCUGGUAUGCUGCUUGGAACUUCUUCGGAUGGAUAUUCGCGUACUUCUUUCUUCAGGAGACUAAGGGGUUGUCGCUCGAAGAGCUCGAUACCAUUUUCAGUGUCAGAGUCAGGGACCAUGCCAAGUAUUACAAGGACAUGUUACCGUGGUACUUUAACAAGUAUAUUAAGCGUGGAGAUGUUCAGCCCAGAAAGCCGCUGUAUGAUUUAGAAUAA